UUCUUUUAUUUAAAAAAUUCCUAUAUUAUCUUUAGCCUAAAUGAUUGGCUAAACAUCUUGUGUUGAACUAUAUCACACUAGACUACUACUUAUUAUGGUGAAAAUGCUUUAAUUAGCAAGGAUUCACCAAGGGUGGUGUUGAGGUCAGGCAGAGAAUAACCCAGGCGGACUGUUCAAAUUCAAGCGAUGAUCCUGUUGUUGUGCCCGCUUAGCCGAGGUGGCGUUUAGGGCUGUUUUUGGACUUGUUCUGAGAUUGGACAAACCAUCGCCAGGGUUAUUAACCUAUAAAAGAUCCUCUGUAGCUUCAUCCCACAGUGCGAUCCUUUAGUUAAUGGUUUCUUGGAAUUGUGAAAAGAGAUUAUAAAAGGCUAUUGAAUUGUGCCAAAAAUUAUGAAAAGUCCUCCAUAUGAUCCAAGAAAUCGUUGAAGCUGAGUCUUAUCAGUAAUAAUAUCAGGAAAUUUAGAAGCAAAUUCUAUACUUCUAUUAAUAGGAAUAAUUUUUCCCUUUUCAAUAUUAUGACCCAAAACUAGUAGUAUUAAUAAUUAGUUAAAAUAAAAUGUGUUAGUCAUACAUGGACCAAAAGCAAAAUCUACAAUAAUUGAGGGAUGAAAAGUUAUAAAAAUUAGAUAAAAGAAACCCAAAAAGCGAAAACAAAAAUAGAAGUAUGAUUACCAAAAUCUAGUCUUAGAUUAGAGUAUAAUAUAAUAGAAGUGGGGUCUUUUUUUUUCUACAAAAAAACUAGUAACAAAGCUCUCAAUUUAUCACUCACUCUUUUGCUUCUUCUUCCUCUGCUAAGGUCAUUUGUUCAAUACGUGGAAACAACCUCUUCGCAUAUAUCCAAAGCGAAGGUUGUAGAUAAUAUUUGUCCGCCCUUCUACCCUGUGGAGCAUUUCAUGUAACGGACAUGCCUUUCUUUUUUUAAAAAAAAUAUUUUUAUAGCCUGUUUGGCCAAGCUUCUAAAAUCAGCUUAUUUUUGAAAAGUAAGUUUUUGUAGAAGUGUUUUUUCAAAAAAGUACUUUUGGUGGGAAGCAGUUUGUGUUUGGCUAGUUAAUUUGAUAAGCGCUUUUGAGCUGCAAUUAGUGUUUGAUCAAGCUUCUAAAAAGUGCUUCUAACUGUAUUUUCUCAAAAGUGAUUUUCAAAAGAGUACGUUUGGGGAGAAGCUAUUUUUUUUCGAAAACAACUUCUGCUUUACUCAAAAGCAAUUUUUCUUCUUCUAAAAGCUUGGCCAAACACCGCAACUUUUGAAAAAAAAAAAAAAAAAAGCAAGAUAAAAAAUACUUUUUGGCUUGGAGAAGCUUGGCCAAACAAACUAUUAGUCAACUUACAUUGAGUAUGUUCUUUUUCUUUUGCCUCUAAUCAUUGUUGGUCUCAUCUGUUUGUUAUUGAAAGCUUAAUCCCAUUAAAAUGGCGCGACACCCCUUGGAGGGCUUUGAAGUUACGUAUGAGGUUCAACGUUUAUCGAGAGAGAGUGCAUUCAGUUUCAAAAGGGAGAUCAGAGAAUCGACAAAUAUCGAUGAAGAUUAUGCACAUUUUUUGAUGCUUUCCCUUGACUAUCAUAAAGAGUCCACAAAUGAAGGCGGAAAUGAAGGUUCCACUGUUGUUAGAGAUAAGCUUAAUAAUGAUGUGCGCGAGUAUGAGCACGAAAACGAGGAUGAGGAUGAUCCAGAUUACAAGAAGUUUUUGGCUAAUUCUAAGCCAAAAGGGAACUCAUAUGAGCUCAAAAUCGAUAGAAGCGAUGGGUUUCCUCUGUGUGUAGAUAACGAGAAAGAAGAUGGAUCUGAUGAAGAGUACGGACAUUUAGGAGAGGAAAAACAACUAGACGCUGGGGAUGAGAAGGAUUCCGAUAAAGUAGAAAAUCAGCCAUUUUCAAGAGCUGUCCUCGAAAAUGACAAUGAUAUUGAGCCUUUUGGUCCUGUUACUCAUAAGGGAAAAGGGCUUGCGAAUGGUGCAUUAAAGAGGCAUUGUAAGGGUGAGGCAGCUGAUGUAGAUGAAGACUAUGCCUUACUUUGGGAGAAACGUCAAAGCUCCUCUUGAGAGGCCUUACGAUCAGAACGCCAGCUCUGAAGAAUAUGGACUUGCGUAAUGGGUCGACAAGGCGGUUGGGAAGAUCAUAUUUGGAUCAUUAUUAAAGGUGAGCUAAAUAUCUUAAAUAUUUUCUGCGUUGAUGCUAUGUUUUGCUUUAAGUUUCAAAGUUUUGGUACUACUCGUCCUUGACUUUUUCGAACAUUUGCAAAUUUGUUAAUCAAAUGGUUGUAAUCAGUCACUGAAUUCAAUCCUUCCUAAUGUGGACAUAGUCUUAUGUUAGUUUUCUUUUUGAUAAGGAAUUAUUGUGUUAAUUUUCCUUUCUACCUUUUAUUCAGUAGCCACUUCAAACUUGGAAGGUUACCAUAGCCACUUGUUAAGAAAGGUAGAAAGGAAAAUUAGCACAAUAAUUCCUUAUCGAAAAGAAAACUAACAUAAUAAUAUGUCCACAUUAGGAAGGAUUGAAUUCAGUGACUGAUUACAACCAUUUGAUGAACAAAUUUGCAAAUGUUCGAAAAAGUCAAGGAGGAGUAGUACCGAAACUUUGAAACUUAAAGCAAAACAUAGCAUCAAUGCAGAAAAUAUUUAAGAUGUUUUGCUCACCUAUAAUAAUGAUCCAAAUACGAUCUUCCCAACCGCCUUGUCGACCCAUUACGCAAGUCCAUAUUCUUCAGAGCUGGCGUUCUGAUCGUAAGGCCUCUCAAGAAGAUCUUUGACGUUCUCCCGAAGUAAGGCAUAGUCUUCAUCUACAUCAGCUGCCUCACCCUUACGACGCCUCUUUAAUGCACCAUUCACAAGCCCUUUUCCCUUCUGAGUAACCGGACCAAAAGGCUCAAUAUCAUUGUCAUUUUCGAGGACAGCUCUUGAAAAUGGCUGAUUUUCUACUUUAUCUGAAUCCUUCUCAUCCCCAGCGUCUUGGUGUUUCCCCCCUCCUAAAUGUUUGUACUCUUCAUCUGAUCCAUCUUCUUUCUCGUUAUCUACAUACAGAGGAAACCCAUCGCUUCUAUCGAUUUUGAGCAUAUAUGAGUUCCCUUUUGGCUUAGAAUUAGCCAAAAACUUCUUGUAAUCUGGAUCAUCGUCAUCCUCGUUUUCGUGCUCCUACUCGUCCACAUCAUUAUUAAGCUUAUCUCUAACAACAGCGGAACCUUCAUUUGUGGUCUCUUUAUGAUAGUCAAGAGAAAGCAUAAAAAAAUGUGCAUAAUCUUCAUCGAUAUCCGUUGAUUCUCUGAUCUCCCUUUUGAAACUGAGUGCACUCUCUCUCGAUAAACGUUGAACUUCAUACAUAACUUCAAAGCCCUCCAACGGGUGGCGCGCCAUUUUAAUGGGAUUAAGCUUUUAAUAACAAACAGAUCAGACCAACAUGGAAACGGAGGAAAAGAGCUGAAGCUGAUGUUCAUUCCCAAGUUCAGCCCCAGCAUCAAAGAAUUUUGAAAAUGGUACAUGCCUUCCUGAAUUGAACUUGUCGUCAGGGAUUCUUGGUGCAGCUCUUUUAGAUAUCCAACAGUCAGGUACUGGUAGGCUUACAGAACACAUCAGUCUGGCCAGAUAGAUCUCCUCCUGGACAUAAACUGCCAUGGUGGUACCCCUGCAGGGAAGCCAUUCAAUUUUGUCUCAGUGGCUUGAGCUGCUUCGGUCUAUAUUCUUUACCUGGAAUUGCGUUGGCCCAUGGGAAUACAAAUUUUUGCCUAUUCCUUGGCGACACAUCUGCUAUUCUGAAGCAACUCUAAACCAGCGGAUUGCAUCAUUUAGAAGCCAGAAGCAGUGAACGCGGAGGCCCUUUCCUAGAUCCAGGAGAUGAAGAUUUGGAUAUUUUGAAAUUUCUAGGGCACAAAUUUCUUCCCAUUAUAGAUAAAAUCCCCAUCUUUUUUUGUUUUGAUGUAUUUAGUAUAGUGAAAGAGCAUUUCCCUAGGUCAUAUGUGACAGUAUAUCACAGUCUGUAUGUAUUAUGUUUUACGCGAAGUGUACAUUGUCAAAUUUUGCUUAUUCAAUAACUCAACAUUAUUCUUUAUAA